AUGGCGCUCGUCGCCUCUGCUGCGGCAGGUCCUCUGAAGCAACGGGCGACUUGUCCUAGCAUCCACGUCUUUGGUGCUCGUGAGACAACGGCCUCGGCUGGUUAUGGAUCCUCAAUCACCGUUGUGGAUGACAUCCUGAAUGGUUAUUCUGGCUCUACAGCAGAAGCUAUCAAUUACCCAGCAUGCGGAGGUCAAUCUUCUUGCGGAGGCGACAGUUACUCCCAAUCGGUGGCAGCCGGUGUCUCUGCAGCUGUCACUGCUGUGAACAACUAUGCCGCAGAAUGUCCUAGUACUCAACUAGUUCUUGUGGGCUAUUCUCAGGGCUCAGAGAUCUUCGAUGUUGCGCUUUGUGGAGGAGGAGAUCCAAACCAAGGCAUCACGAACACAGCUGUACUGUUCAGCUCUGCAGCUCUCGCCAAUAUCAAAGCUGCCAUUUUCAUGGGCGACCCACUGUAUCACUAUGGCUUGUCGUAUGACGUUGGUACUUGUACUGCUGGUGGUUUUGAUGCUCGUCCAUCUGGCUUCACAUGCUCAAGUGCAGCGAAAAUCCAAUCUUAUUGCGACGCUACAGAUCCCUACUGUUGCAAUGGCAGUGAUGCUGCUACGCACGAAGGGUAUGGUGCUGAGUACGGGAGUGCAGCUUAUUCUUUUGUCAAGUCUAAGCUUACAGAUCUUGGGAAAUAG